AUGGGAGAGAAGCAACCAUCACUCGAAGGCCACAAGUCUGGCCAGUCCAAUGAGCCUCUAUCUGCGCCCGCUCACGCACUCUCAUUCCAACAAGUGAUUGAGGAAACAAAAUGCAACCCCGACGACGGUCUCACCACAUCAGAAGCAAAGUCUCGUCUUGAAAAGUUUGGCAGCAACGAUCUUGGUGACGAUGGCGGAGUCCAACCAGCAAAGAUCCUGCUACGACAGGUCGCCAACUCUAUGACCUUGGUGCUCAUUGCAGCUAUGGCUGUCAGCUUUGCCAUUGAGUCGUGGAUUGAAGGCGGUGUCGUAACUGCCAUCAUUUUACUCAACGUCGUCAUUGGUUUCAUCCAAGAGUUCAACGCUGAAAAGACUAUGGACUCCCUACGAUCUCUCAGCUCUCCAACUGCCACCGCUGUCCGAGACGGAAAGACUGUCACGGUCCCUACCAUCGAAGUCGUGGUUGGUGACUUGGUUGAACUCAAGACUGGCGACACCAUUCCUGCUGACAUUCGUAUCAUCGAAGCCCUCAAUUUCGAAACCGAUGAGGCACUCCUCACUGGCGAAUCGCUCCCAGUGAACAAGGAAGCUGAAGAAAUUUUCAGCGAAGAUACCGGCCCAGGCGAUCGCCUAAAUGUCGCGUUCAGCUCUGCCACCGUCACCAAAGGCCGCGCCCGUGGUGUCGUCUUCGCCACUGGAAUGUACACUGAGAUUGGUUCCAUCGCCAUGUCUCUUCGCCAGAAGGGCUCUCGCGUGCGUCCAGUCAAGCGCAAGGAAGACGGCAGCCGACCCAAGCCUCACCGAUAUGCCCAGGCCUGGGGCUUGACUGUCGGUGAUGUCGUGGGAGCUUUCCUCGGUGUCAAUGUCGGUACUCCUCUCCAGAAGAAGCUUGCACGUCUCGCUAUUCUACUCUUCUGCACUGCUGUCGUCUGCGCUAUCAUCGUCCUCGGUGCCAACUCGUUCUCCAACAAUCGUGAGGUCAUUAUUUACGCUGUAGCGACCGGUCUCUCUAUGAUCCCCGCCUCGCUUACAGUCGUUUUGACCAUCACUAUGGCUGCUGGUACGAAGCGUAUGGUCCAGCGUCACGUUAUUGUCCGCAACCUGAAGUCUCUUGAGGCUUUGGGCGGUGUCACUGACAUCUGCUCCGACAAAACCGGUACCCUCACCCAGGGAAAAAUGGUCGCAAAGAGGGCUUGGAUUCCCGCCAAGGGUACAUACUCUGUCGGUGUCACCGACGAGCCACACAAUCCUACAGUCGGCUCGUUGAGCUUUACCCCUAAAGAACCCCGCCACAUCGAUCCUGAUCAGGAUGAGAAGACACAGCCGUACGAGGAACUAAUUGAGAACAACCCACAUCUGAUCGAAUACCUCAAGAUUGCUUCUCUCGCCAACUUGGCCAAUGUCCAUCAGACCGACGGCCAAUGGAAUGCACGUGGUGACCCGACUGAGAUCGCCAUUCAGGUAUUUGCAUCUCGCUUCGACUGGAACCGCCUGCAAUUUACUCAGGGUGACUCUCCUAAGUGGAAGCAACUUGCCGAGUUCCCAUUCGACUCUGAUGUCAAGAAGAUGUCCGUCAUCUUCGAAGAAGUCUCUAGCUCGAAGAAGAUGGUUUUUACCAAGGGAGCCGUCGAGCGUGUCAUCUACUCUUGCGAUACUGUCUACAACGCUGAGAGCGACGACAGUGUGACUCUGGACGACGACUACCGCGAGGAGAUUCUAGCCAACAUGGAAGCACUUGCUUCCUACGGUCUCCGUGUUUUGGCACUUGCUAGCAAGGACUACGACGGCCCACUCCCCACCAAGGGCGAAGAUCUCGACAGGAAGAAUGUUGAGGAGAAGCUCAUCUUCCGCGGACUUGUUGGACUCUACGAUCCUCCCCGCCCCGAGACCGCUGGAUCUGUUCGUCAGUGCCAGAAAGCUGGUAUCGAAGUUCACAUGCUUACUGGUGACCACCCGGGAACUGCCCGCGCUAUCGCUGCUGAAGUUGGAAUCUUGCCCUCAAACAUGUCCACCCUCGCCAAGGAUGUUACUGACGCCAUGGUCAUGACUGCAACUCAGUUCGACAAGCUGUCUGACGAUGAAGUUGACGCUCUUCCGCUGCUCCCUCUUGUUAUCGCUCGCUGCGCUCCUAAUACCAAGGUCCGCAUGAUCGACGCUUUGCACCGAAGGAAGGCUUUCGCCGCCAUGACUGGCGACGGUGUCAACGACUCUCCCUCUCUCAAGCGCUCUGAUGUUGGUAUCGGUAUGGGUACCGGAUCUGAUGUUGCCAAGGACGCCUCUGACAUUGUUCUGACCGACGACAACUUCGCUUCUAUCCUCAACGCUAUCGAAGAGGGUCGCCGCAUGUUCGACAACAUUCAGAAGUUCAUCCUGCACUUACUCUCUCAGAACAUCGCUCAGGCCUGCGUUCUGCUCAUUGGUCUUGCGUUCAAGGAUGAGACUGGCCUCUCAGUAUUCCCUGUCUCUCCCGUCGAAGUCAUGUGGAUCAUCAUGGUCACCUCCUCGCUUCCUGAUAUGGGUCUUGGCUUCGAGAUCGCCGCUCCCGACAUCCUAGACCGUCCUCCUCAGAGUCUCAAACGAGGUGUCUUCACCAUUGAAGUCAUGAUCGACAUGUUGUUCUACGGUCUCUGGAUUGCUGCCCUCUGUCUCGCCUCCUUCUCCAUUGUUAUGUUCGGUUUUGGCGAUGGCAAUCUUGGAACUGGCUGUAACGAAGGUUAUAACGACACCUGCGAUACCGUCUUCCGCGCACGUGCCACCACAUUCGCCUGUCUUACCUGGUUUUCGCUCUUCCUCGCGUGGCAGAUGAUCGACAUGCGCCGUUCGUUCUUCAUGAUGCAGCCCGGCUCCAACAAGUACUUUACUCAAUGGUUCCACGACGUCUGGCGUAACAAGUUCCUGUUCUUUUCCAUCAUGGGCGGGUUUAUCACCAUCUUCCCCGUUCUUUACAUUCCCGUCAUCAACACGGUCGUGUUCAGGCACACUGGAAUCAGCUGGGAGUGGGGAGUAGUCUUUAUUGCAACCUUCCUCUUUUUCCUUGGUAUCGAGGCAUGGAAGUUCGCCAAGCGACUUUACUUCAAGAAGAAGGACCCCAACAACGGCAGAAGGGGCUCAAUCGAUCUUGAAGCCCGAGUCUUUGAGCGAUACCUCAGUACCGCUAUCAGCACAGACGACGACAAUGAGAAGAAAUAG